CUGAUUCCACAGGAUCAAAACCUGGUUGACUUUGGCGGCUAUCGUACUCCUGUGCUAGAGAACAGGCCAUCGUCAUCUCUCAUUACGGAUGCAGUGCAACCGUUUGCCAAGACAAGUCAGGAUAUACAACUGUAAUGUACUAUUCAAAGGAGGCAGUAUUCCGAAUCAGCCGUGCACGGAAUGUAUAAUAAGCAAUAAAGGAUUUCAAUAAUCCCAUGCGGCGAUCGACAAGAUCGUCACAUAGUGUUCCUGCUCAUCUACCAUUCAGUCUCCUGGAUUCUUGCGUUAACACCUCAAAAUGAAAUCGACGUUCUUUGCUACAUUGUCUGCUCUGACAGUGCAGAGAGUCACAAGCCAUGCGACCUUCCAAGAUCUGUGGAUCAAAGGCGUGGACUACGGCGCUCAAUGCAUCAGACUUCCACUGUCCAAUAGUCCGGUUACCAAUGUCUCAUCUAACGACAUUCGAUGCAACGCAGGCACUUCACCUGUAGCAUACAAGUGUAACGUGGCUGCUGGAGAUACAGUUACCAUUGAAAUUCAUCAACAACCCGGCGACCGCACCUGCACCACUGAAGCCAUUGGUGGUGCCCACUAUGGACCUGUACAGGCCUACCUCAGUGCCGUAGACGACUCCUCGACCGCAGAUGGAUCGGCCGGCUGGUUCAAGAUCUACGCUGAUACCUGGGCGAAAAACUCGGCGGGCUCAUCCGGUGACGAUGAUUACUGGGGGACCAAGGACAUCAACACAUGCUGCGGCAGACUCGACGUCAAGAUCCCGGCCGAUAUCGCCGCGGGCGAUUACCUCCUGCGAGCCGAAGCUUUGGCCCUCCACACGGCUGCCAGCAGUGGAAGUGCUCAGUUCUACAUGUCUUGUAUCCAGCUAACGGUCUCUGGGUCGGGAUCCGCUAAGCCGUCCACCGUCAACUUACCCGGUGCUUAUGCUGCGAGUGAUCCAGGUAUUCUGGUGGACAUUCAUGCCGCCAUGACUACAUACAUCGCCCCGGGUCCAACAGUCUACUCCGGCGGGUCGACGAAGAGUGCCGGAGCCGCAUGUCAGGGAUGCGAAACUACUUGCACGGCCGGCGCAGGGGCAUCUGGCACAGCAACAAGUGUGGUUCUCCCGACUGCGUCUGGCGGAUCAAGUGGUUGUACUGUCGCCCUUUAUGCGCAGUGUGGUGGUAACAGUUAUACCGGCUGCACGAAUUGCUACCAAGGAACGUGUACUAAACUAAAUGAUUACUACUCACAAUGCGCAUAG